AUGACGGCAGAUGCGAGCGAGUUUAGUGUUGGAUCUGGAGUCGAAAUCGAGGGGUCAGUUGGUCUCGGUUUGGAGUCGAACAGUGAUCAAAAGGUUUCAGGGGACGCUAAUGGCAUUGACUGCUUGGUUGGUGAAGAGAAGGUUAGUGGUCGGACUGGGAGAUUGAUCACGAUGGAGAAUGGUAAUUUGGAGGAAUCGCGGCAGCAGGAUCUUGAUCCAGAUGUCAAAGAAGAUUCGGUUGCCAUCGGGGAUCUAGAACCGAUCGAGAUGAAAAGAGUAAAUGGGGAAUUGACUUCUGAGAAUGAGGGUGAUCGUGAUGGAAGUGUUGAUCCCAUUGUUAAAGUAUCAGUGAUUGUGGAUGAUGAUUGUAAAGAUCUCACAACUUGUGAUAUGGAAGAGGAAUUAGUUGAAUCAGAUUUAGGAACGGUGUCCAAGGAAGAAAUAGGUGAAGCACUUCAGCAAAGUGUCCAACAUGAGGCUCAAGAUGAGAAAGUACGUGACAUUAAAAGUGGAAUCUGUGAGUUGGAAGGAAAAAGAUGCAAUGAAGAGGGCAACAUGGAGCUGUGCAUGAAUAAUGGUCAAGAUCAUGUGAAGGAUAAUAGUAGGCUAGAAGCAGCCAAACUAGAUUUUCAUGUCGAAGUAACAAAUCAAGAAGGUGAAACUCUAGCCAAGGAUAUGGACUUUGAAAACGAGGAAUCAAAUGUUGAAGUAAAUAAAGAUAGCAAUGCUCUGGUUACAGCAAUUGGCAAGGAUAUGGACUUUGAAAACAAGGAAUCAAAUGUUGAAGUAAGUAAAGAUAGCAAUUCUCUGGUUACAACAAUUGACAAGGAUAUGGACUUUGAAAACGAGGAAUCAAAUGUUGAAGUAAGUAAAGAUAGCAAUGCUCUGGGUGCACCAAUUGACAAGGAUAAGGACUUUGAAAAAGAGGAAUCAAAUGUCGAAGUAAGAAAAGAUAGCAGUGCUCUGGUUACAACAAUUGAUAAACAAGGUAAUUUAGAAUUAUCUGUUUAUGACGACGAAAGUCAACAAUGUGAGACCAUAGUUAUUGAGACACAACAUAAGGAAUCCAAAACAUCUGCUGUAGAAUCUAAUAAUGAAGAAAGCAAAGAAGUACUUAACAAUAUCCACCAUGAGAAGGAAGAGGGGACACUUGUAAGAGCUGAUGAGAAGCAGGAAAUUACCAUUUCCAAUACAGAAGUUGAUAACCAAGCAGAUAGGUAUACAAAUGUGUUAUUGCUGGAGAUGGAAGAGUCUCACACUGUGCUUACAGCACCCAACAAGCAUGACCAAGAAAAGCUGAUUGCUCCUGAAACUCAAGUUUUUGAUAAUAAAGAGCAAGAAACUUUAGAAUUAGCUACUGCUGAAGAAGGAUCAGUUGAGGAGACUCAGACUUCAAAGACAUAUGCUGGAAACCAAUGUGAAUUGGUAUCAGCGGUCAAAAUUCGAAAAGAAGAGAAGCUCGAGGGAUUAGUUACAGAGAGCCAGCCUCAUGAAUGUUCUGUUGUUAAUGAGCAUAUGGCUAAGCCUAUGCCAGAAGAACAUUUAGAAGAAAAUAGGAAAGUAGAUGGUAGUGUAUCUUUUGAAACUCACAUGGAUGUUCCUGUAACUGAGAUUAGUGGCAAAGUAGAUGAAGCCGUACCAAGUGGUAACUCCAUUGGUGAUAUUUUGAUUGUUGAACAGUCUCAUGAUUUGCAUUCCGAUGAAGAUUGCUGCAGGUCAGAUAUAUCUUGUGUUGCUGAGGUCAAAUCGUCACUGGAAAUUCCAAUUUCUCCCCGGGCUUUACCAGAUUCUGGCAAUGGAUCAUCUAAUUGCCAAGACACAUGUCCUUCUGAACAUGAAGUUGUCACGUCGAAUGCAGUAGAUGUUCCCAGCAUAACAGGUACAAUCGACAAAACACCUCUAGCAUUACAACUUUUAAAUGCAUGUGAAACUAUCCUUUCUGAUGGUACUAGUACCUGUGCAGCAGAUAGACAAGACAAGUUAGGCAAGGUUGAAUCUGACAAUGGUAGUUGUACAACUGAAACUAAUGAAAAUGCAGCAGUAAAUGAUGUUGAUGCCAUCAAAUCUGAAUUUUCUAUUUCAAAGGAAUCAGAAGAAUCUAGCCCUUCUUUGGCUGGUUCAGUUGAAGUCAAAAGGUUAUUGGAUGAUGAAAGAAAAGGUGUCAAUGGAGAAUCUGGAAUUUUGGAAGAGAGUCAAGUGCCAGUUAAAGAACAUAAUGCAUCAACUUUAGCUGUUGAAAAGGUGACGACCAGUUUAGACAAUCAACUUUCAGCAAGCAUACAAACUGCACAGUCAGAAGUAAAUGAGAAAACCCAAAGAAGGGAUUCUAUCAAAGUUUCUAUUGAAAAGCAGAAGGUGAUAUGUAAUGAAUUCUGGAAGAAAUUUGAAGAUGAAAAAGCUGAAGACAGAACUGCAAGAGCUGCAGUUAGUGCCAAACGCCAACAGAUGGAGUCACUCCAAUUAAUGUUAAACAAGCUGAAAAAUGUACAGUCCAUUGAGGAACUUGAUGCCAAGAUACAAUCAAUGGAAUUUGAUCUUCAGCAUGUAACCAUGCCACUGAAAGAAGAAAAGAAAUAUAUUCAUGAUCUUAAACAGUUAAGGCAACAGCGAGACCAACUCACUUCUAAUAUGGGCUCAAUUACUGAAAUGGAUGAGGCAUUUGAUCAAAAGGAACAGAUUGAUGAGCGAUUUAAUCUUUUGAAGAAGGAAUUGGAUUCUCUUAGGACUGAGGUGCUGCGAACUGAAGCAAAUGCAAAUGCUGCCAGGAAGAAGUAUGAUGAGGAACAACAAAUUUUGAGAGUUCUUCGUCAACAAUUCAGGGAUGCUGAUGUUCUUCGCCAAAAAGCAUAUGGACAAUGGCGAGAACUUAAAAACAUGGUAACUGAAAGGAAUAAACAUUUUAGCAUGUACAAGCGUGAUCAGAUAUCUGCUCAAAGCUAUUUAUCUUCCAGAGAUUUUGAGGGACUCCUGUCACACUGUAGUAAACAGGUUGAAAAUGUAAUGGAUCUGUGGAGCAAUGAUGACGAGUUCAGAACGCAAUAUGUUAAAUCCAAUUUGAACAGCACACUGUGGAGACUUAGGACACCUGAUGGAAGAUCCCUUGGUCCAGAUGAGGAACCGCCUGUUAUACAAACUAACCAAUUCAGGAUUUCAGUCCCUCCUCCACAGCAGGCCAAAAUCAACGAAUCUGUUCCACCUGCAACUUUAGAAGCAAAAGCUGAAACUUCGGAAGAAGUUGAAUCGUUUCCUGCUUUGCCAGCAGCAAAAAAUGAUCAUCCUGUUGAACCUAAAAAUCCAGUGAAACCUCCUCCAGAAAAGUCAAAAAAAACUGAAACUGCUAGAGUUCAAGAUAGAGAAACUGAAAUCGAUGAGAGCUUGAAUGUUCAAACAAAGGAGGAAGAGGAGCUUAGAAAGAAGGAAGAGGAGCUUAGAAAGAAGGAAGAGGAGCUUAGAAAGAAGGAAGAGGAGCUUAGAAAGGAAGAAGAGUUGAUUAUGAAGGAAGAAGAAUUGAGAAAAGAAAAAGCUGCAGCUGAGUUAAAAGAACAGCAACGCUUAGAGGAAAUAGCAAAAGCCAAGGCGGCAGAAGAAAGGAAAAGGAGACAAGCUGAGAAGGCACAGGCCAGAGCUGAAUACCGAGCACAAAAAGAAGCUGAAAAAAGGGAGAAGAAGCGAGCAAAGCAGCACAAGAAGAAAGGCAUUGCUGCUGAAGACACAACACCCAUUAAUGGUGUUGACGAAGGCAUUGCCCCAUCUUCAGAAACUAUGAAGGAACUUGAUGUUACUGCAGUAUCAGUGACAAAGAAACCUCCGAGGCUGGUGGCUUCAGUAAAGCAAUUCAACAAGGUACAGCCUAUUCCCUUGCCACUUCGUAAGAAGGGAAAGAGGAAGAUGUCCACAUGGAUGUGGGUGCUUCUGACUGUUGUAGUAGUAGUCUUUCUGUUCCUUGCUGGCAAUUACAUCACCUUGUCCACUUUCAGCUUCCAACAACCUGGCCUUUGAACGCAUUCUAGUUGCAUACACUACACACACAAACAUAUAAUAUAAAGAUUAUGGUUUAUAGGGGGUAGGAAAGGGAGUUUAUGCAUGAGUGGCAACCAUUCUUUGUGCACUACUAUUUCCAAUUUUUCUUUCUUAAGAUUACUCUCUGCAUAAUAUGCUUUUGGUUUGUGAUUUGCGUUUGGAACGAUAGUACUAUAUUUAUUGAAUUGAUUGAGACCCCGAGUGACUUAUUACUGUCUAAA